AUGGUGGGGUCUUCUCUUCUUCUGGGCGCCGUUACUUUGGCGGCGCAAAGCGCGUCUGCUCUUCGCAUUCCUGCUCGUUCAGUGCCUUUAUCACGACGCAAUCUUGCUUUUUCUUCCGACAAGGGCUUCAAGUCCCGUCCCGUCUCGAACGCUGCCACCUCUACGGAUGAUGAUGACGGUUCAACGUCUUUCUUAACAAACUCGGGAAACAAUAUCUACCUCGCAAAUAUCACGCUGGGCGGAGCUGCGUUCACUGUACAGCUUGAUACGGGCUCGACCGAUCUCGUCCUAAUGCCGGAUAAACACAUCGAGACUACUGCUGUCAUCCUAGACCAUCAGCCAAACUCAACGUACGGUACGGGCUACAUGGCCGGGCCGGUGGCAUUCGCAAAACUUGAGUUCGGUAACUACAGUGUUGACUCGCAAGCGUUCUUGAACGGUACAUCGGAAUCUUUCUUUGACCAGGCAUUCUUCCCCCAUGGAAUUCGCGGUAUCAUGGGUGUUUCACUCGACAGUGCGCUUUCGUUUGUUCACGAGGCCAUGGACGAGGUAUAUGGCGACAAGCAUGGCAGGGCACUGAGCCGCAGCGUACUCGGCAACGUCUUCUUGCAGAACCCCGAGCUUGACAACUUCACCAGCGUAUACCUUGGUCGCACUGGUGAUGGUGAGGCAACGGACGAGGGCAUCUUCACAAUCGGCGAGUACGUCGACGGUGCCGAGAAUUACAUGAAGGACAUCAAGCCUGUCAACGUCUUCAAGCCUACAAGCUGGGCUGUGCCCCUGGACGCCGUGACCGUCAACGGCAAGAAGGUUGCGCUUAACUCUACCGUCAAGGGUGCCCCAUCUGGCAAGGCCAUCGCCAAUCUCGACACCGGAACAUCUCUCGCGAUGGUGCCGAAGUUCGUUCUCGACGCGAUGUACAGUGCCUUCGACGGUGCUUGGUAUAGCGAUGUUCUCGGUAGCUGGAUUGUGCCUUGCUUGAGUGGCGCACCCAACAUCACUUACACGUUUGGUGGACAAGACUUCUAUAUUCAUCCGCUGGAUCUCACUAUCGUCACCGACUUGAGCCCAGCCUACAACUACACGGUCUGCACGCCGGCCUUCGACGUUCUUUCGUUCGGGACGGACGGGAUGGACAUGCUUUUGGGCGAUAGCUUUUUACGCAACUCGUACACUGCCUUCGACUAUGGCUCCUUCAGUGAGGAUGACGACAUGCUCAAGUCGCCCUCUGUCAAGAUGCUCCCCUUAUCAUCCGCCGACGAGGACUACCCUGAGUUCUUAACCUACCGCGCCAAGAACUUGGCUUCCCUACCAAAGGAGGCUACGAAGGCCGAAGUUCAAAAGAUCCUCGCGGAGGAAGGCGGCGCGCCGGCUGGAGCUGGCGAGGACGACGCUGCCUCCGACAAUGCAUCCGAAGACGCAAACCUCCUCAGCGCCAGCUCUGCCGCUGCGUCAUCGUCCGAUGACAGUUCAUACCAGGACCUCGUCGACAAGCUCAACACGUUUGGUCCCGUUGUGAUCGGUCUUUUGGGUGCCAUCUUCGUCACGCUUCUUGGCCUUCUCGCCGUCGGCGUCACGAUCUGCAUUCGUCGCGGUCGCUCUGUCGGUGCAGCACGUAACGUCGCACCCAGCUAUGCGCCAGUUCCUGUGCGUUUCAAGGAGACUGAGUACCGGGACGAGGAGCACACCAGGUACAACGAGUGA